CUAAGCCUAAUUGGGCUGCGGCGGAUUUGAGUUUAUCCGCGACCUGAUCGAGUUCACUUGUAACGUAUCGGGACUCCAUCGCGACGUGUACUUCAACAACCCUCUGUCUUUCGGAACCACGGCCAUUCCUUCAACUUGUAGUGGUGAAGCACAGCAAGCCAUGUCGGAAAGCAUGGAUGGCCGCGACCAGCCUGACGAUGGUCCGAAAGCCAACUAUCCUGUGCCUGGGGCAUCAAGCUCGCAGUACUCCCAACCCUCAUACCCUUUCCCUAUCGACGCAGAGUUGACAAUGCCGCCACACUAUCCCGUGCCACAGUAUGCGCGACAACUUGAGGAUGCUGUUCCGAAUGGCAAUGCUAUUGACAAUGGUUCAGUGUCUGAUCCAAACCUCAAUCACCAAGGUGCAGACUCCAAAGAGACAACCACCGACCCAGCACUGGGAAUGCCCUAUCCAUCCAAUCAGCCGCCUCCGUCAUUCGCGCCUCCCCCUACACGUGCCAAUAUCGAUGAGUCGCCAGGGCAGACACAAAGCCCGCAGGCGGGUGACAAGAGAAAGAGAUCAAAGACCUCCCGGGCUUGCGAUGAGUGUCGGAGAAAGAAGGUGCGAUGUGAUGCUCCCACUGAAGCAGAUGGCACUCCAAAGACUUGCACCAACUGCCAGAAAGCCGGUGCCGUUUGUGAAUUUGAGCGGAAACCAAUGAAGCGAGGGCCUUCCAGAGGCUAUAUUCGCGAAUUGUCUGAACGUGUCGAACAAGUUGAGCAAGCACAAAAGCAGGUAUUGCGCCAGUCCAUGGAUGCUGGCAUGGGUGUCGGCUUCGGGCCUUACCCCGACACAAUACUACCAGACGCAGCCACUUCCACAGCAAAGCGCGCCUCCUCGUUGAAUGGUCAUCCUCCAUUUGCGCAUUCGGACUUUCAGCGCGAUCGAAUCCCAAGCUCUGGUGCCUGGGGUCUCCAAUCCUCUACUGCCUCUGAAUCUCGUUCCCGCGAUCGUACCAGUCUUGCUGUUGCGCCGGACCAAGCUAUUCCUUCAGACCAAUCCCUUCCUUCGGAGCUGCCUGAGUCCGAAAAAGCUGCCAACUGCGAGAUAGUGCCCUGUAGCUGGUCGCCCUCCGAAGACUCGCCGUCCACAACACGUCGACGACUGUCUGUCAACUACGAGCAUCCAUUCAAAAUGAAGCCCUCCUUUUUGGACAGAUACUACAAACAGAUCGACCCCUUGUUCCCUCUCCUGCCCGACGCCGACACUGUCGUCAGCCUCGUUACAUCGGUUCCGAAACUCUCGAAUGCUUUCGCCACUGUCGUUGAGAUCUUUCCCUAUGCUGUUGACAAGCCCGACAUGGCUGUCGACGGUGAUCAAGCAAACGGCACUUCCAACCAAGGCUCUGGUAUAGCUGCCACUCGCCCGAGACGCGCGAUUUCUGGGUACGAAUUCCCCUACUACCGUAAACUGAAGGUCUUCUUGCUUUCUGAGACGCGCGGAAACCCAAAGAAUCGAGGGGAGGAUGAAAACCUGGUGGGCCUUUGGACACUCCUGCUCUUUGCGCUAAGCGCGGAGAGAGACAUUGGAAUGUUGGUGAACGCCAACAUGGAUGACGACGUAAGCAAGACAUAUGUGCUUCGAUAUUGUCUGCGUAUCCUCGCUCGUCUGCGUCGAGACGAAACAGACGAAACAGCGAAGAGUUCGAUCAAGGAUCGAGAGCAAUUUAUGAGGAUUGUGACUCAAGCUUACAACUGCGCCUGCGUCUUGGUUAGGUAUCAUUGUCUAAGUAUCGGCGUUUCGAUUCGGGAUCUAUUCCCAGAAAAUGACGGACUCAUAGUCGACCUUGACCGAGCCAUUCCAGGAGUGUCCCCAGAAGCAUCGUUCAUCAUGGCCUCGGCAAAGCUCAUCAGUUAUGUUCAUCCUCUUCUCCGAUACGACCCCGACGUACGAUACAACGAGGUUGCUGCCGGCGCCAGGAAGGAGAUAAUCGAACCCUUGAUUCAGGAGGUUCUCUGGAGGUUCGCAGCCCAACUGGACAAGCAAAAUCCCAUCGUGCAGCAAGUUACCAACUUCGUACGUUCCUUGCUGGCCCGAGUCGGUAAUACUACACAGGUUGAAUGGCCGAUCACCGAGACAAAUGAAAAAAUGUUGGCAGGUCUUACCGCCGAGGCGGCGGCCGCCCAGGCUAGUCAUCGCUACAAUCCUCUCGAGGCUCCGGUCACGUCGGUCCUGGUCCUCACACUCUGUGAGAUCCUGCGCCUCUGCAGCGUGAAAGGCUUCGCGAAUAUUGCUCAAAAAUUCCUCGACGAAAUCAAGCCCGUCAUUCAAAACAAGUCACGCCUGUUCCACGAAACCUAUGGCUACGAAUGGUACUUCGCCACAUGUGAUCCCCGCGACGAAGAGAAGGUCGAAAAAUAUCGCAUGAACCACUGGACGGACUGUUUGCUAAGAAUCAUCGACGAGACAGAGAUCAUAGCCCCGACGGUUCCGAGGGAUAAUGACCUAGAUCACAUUCGUGUGCCGGCUUUUCGGGAGACUGCAGCUACGGGUUGGGCCAACAUUUUGGCGAACUACUGUCGCACCGCCUGAGCCUUGCAAGCCAAGAGUGCGGAAGGCGCAGGAAAACAGGCGGUCAGGAUCUCGGUACCGAUGCAUCGGCGCCGGACUGCUUGAUCAAUUGUGAUUAACAUGACGAUUAUGGACCGGGCAACUGGAGCUCACACCGUGCUGGAAAUGGAGAUGGCGACACGCUGGGCAUAUCGCCAAUGAGCUAUGAAUGAGUAUGAUGCUUUCAGUUAAUGAAAUGAGGGUUUGGGCGAACAGGGACAGACGUGUCUGGUGCAGUUACGGCCAACCGCGUCUUCCAUAUUGCACCCACGUCCAAUCACCCACCACGCUUAUGGCACAGAACCACAGCGGAAGGAUUCCCUCCAGUGGGGAAAGGAAACGAAAAUUGUACGAUUAGAUGACUUUCAUUUUUUCGCGGAUCGCUGGAUCGAUGUUCCCGGGGGUGAAGAAAGACUUCUGCCCAGCUUGCGCAUGGUCUACCAGGUUGACCUUCAAGGCACAAACGUCAAGCGAUCUCAGGUAGUUAGUGUAACUACUGCUGAAAAUGGGAAUCGAGUCCACCUAAGCUGCUUCCCAGCUACGAGUGUGUUAAUAAAGUUGAGAGGGAGCUUCAAUUGCUCUUCUAAUAAUAUCAUUGCAAACAUGAGGAA